GUCAGGCAGGGGGCCCGUCUCUCCCGCGUUGCUUCGUUGAAUAGGAGAGGUGCUCGUUCCAGGUCAAGCACGGGGUGUGUCGCCUCCAUCAGGAGCGGCCCCCAGCUCAGUCAGUCAGACUCCGGUCCACAUUGUCCGCCUGAGGCGCGCGUGGGCACAUCACGCCACAAUGGCGAAGACGGCCAACAACUCGUUUGGGAGCGACACGAGCGGCAUCGUGAUCUGGAAGCACAACACGAUGGGCCACAUGGACAGCAGCGUGGAGGAGGCCAUCGCGCGCCUCGUCAGGAAGCAGCAGGAGGGCCUCGUCAACUCGCAGUCCCUCGUCUCCUUUGCCUCCGAGUCCGCCGUGGUGGACAAGCCCAAGAAAGGCUUCCUCAAGCGCUUCCUGGCGUUUGGCAAGAAGGACUCCAGCGAGGGCGGCUCCAGCGAGCCGGUGGGCGGGCUGGUGAUCAAAGACAAGAGCAGCUCCUUCGAGACGAGCCGCUCGCGCGGCAGCUCCACGGAGGACAUCCGGCAAGGCAGGUCCGAGUUCCGCGUGUUCCGUGACGGGAAAGGUGCCGCCGUCGUUGCGCGCUCGGAUGGGCGCAAUUUCAAGGACCUCGCCAAAAAAGCACGCGAGGCUGGCUUUCCCGACCUGGCCCGCCAGAUUGAGACGGCAGAGCCACGCCAGCCGCGCCUCAACUCGUCACGCAACGGCCGCGGUGCUCAUCCGACUCCGAGCGAGAUCAUUGAUCGUGUACGUGCACGGAAUAAGGAGCGCAUGGGGCGCAGCGUAAGCGGGAGUGCGUCUACUGCGGAGGCGCAAUUCUAUGGCGAGAUCCCGAUCCGCAGCGCAGAGGACCUCAAGGCGCACCGCGCAGAGCUUGCAAAGAACCGAAAUCGGCUGGCUGCCCUGAAGCAGAAGGAGGCUCUGGUAGAAGCUGACCAGAAGGGGACGGACGAAGCGGGCGAGCCCCCGAGCCGUAGAGAGUCUCUGCAGCCGCUCGAAAGCCUGGAAAGGGCUGCCAUGGUGCACAACUGGCUGCAGAGCGGCAACAUCACGGGCAACCCCGUCCUGUACCCGGACCCCUCCCCCGAGGGCCCCGGUGUGCCCACCAGCGUCGGCCCGCCCCCCCACCUCGCGCUCUCGCCCGGGGACGCCCCUGUCCCCGACCUGCUGGAGCUGGAGGACCGGGUGCUUUUCAGCCAGAAGCAGACGGAAGAGGGCCUCUUGACUGCCCCCGGAAAGGGCCUCCGGCCGCAGGGAGGGAGUCCCGGGGAGGCCGACAAGCCGGUCGGGGCCGCCCUGCUUGACCGUUCAAGCUUCACCGCUCGCGCAGACUGCGAAGGGGGCAAGCUCGAGGGGCCGGAGGGGGCCCCCGGGGCGAAAGGCGCGGUGGCGCGGAACCGGAGUCCGUUGACGAAGCCGCCAGGUUCGCGCAAGUCCCAGGAGCAGCGGUUCUUGGGGGGGGCCGGGUCUAUGAUGCGCUCGGCGAGUGACCGGCCCGCGAGCGGGGAGAAUGGGGAGGGGCCGCGGACGGGUCUACUCCGGACCACGUCCGAAAUCGCCGGGCUGGUGCACUUGCGACAGGCUUUCGACUCGGGUGUGGGGCCCCUAGAGGCCGAGCCAGGCUCGGGAAAAGGCCGCCUCUCGGACGGACUUCGACCGUCACUUCGGACUGAGCGGGGAGGCGGCCUGGCGCCCGGGGGUUCUCCCGUUCCCUGGGGAGGCUUCGUAGCCGAAGUCGGGCCGGGGCGCGCCAAGACGCCGGAGCCAGUUGGGCUGGAGCCGAGCCCCCAGCCGGGGGUGCUCGUUACCCCAAUGAAGGGGCUCGGGCUUGAGCCAAAGCGGGCCUCGCCGAGCGGGCUCGCGUGGUCGCCUCUAGAAAAGGGAAGUCCGCUGCAGAGCCCACGGCCCCUUCCCGGCCCGGUGGAUGACAUCAGCCCCCGCCCCAAAAUGGUGCGGCAAUCGAGCGGCAGGUCGGAGCCGCGGCAGGAGGCGGCCUCAGGCGAGGACGAGGAGCGGUACGACCCGGCGCAGUGGCACAAGUACCUGCAAACACGCUUGGCGCAAGUGCUGCCCAACCUGUCGAGUGAGGCACCGCAAGAAGUACUCGUAGGAGGCCGGGCGGCCCCACCCGGUGGGGACAUCCCGGGGAGGAAAGACGCGCUACCACUGCCGCUGCCCCCGGGUCUCCAUCCCCUGCCCCCGGCUCUGCAUCCCCUUCCACCGUCAUCUGGGCCUCCAAACUGGCCGUUUAAGAUCGUCGAUCAAUCUCCUUACGAUUUUGACGCUUCGGGGGGAGCCACCCCCAGAAGUUCGGCGUCCUUUUUAAGUGAACUACCGCAUAGUCCGAGCAGUCCCCUGAUGGACCUGCUCUUAUCCCCUCAUGGAGCGCACGCGGUAGAAGCGUGGCACGUGCCUCCAGCCUAUAGUGGUUGAGCCUGCAGCCUGGGUCGGGCGACUGGGUCGCUCCCCAUAGUCUGUUCCGACAACUGCCCAGUACGUAUAUUUAUUGAUUAACAGGGGGUAGGUCCUUGAGUGGAAUUACGACUCUAUCACGUGAGUAGCUCCGGUGUUGCCCGGGUUGUUGUACGAUGUGGGGGAGCUGUUAAGCUGAUUUUGGUGGUGUAGGAAGCUAGAUGGUUGUAAGAAAGUUCGUGUUAUCUGCUAACCACGACGAGAAUGGACAAGCAUUUGUUUAGGUUGGUUCCAAUAAUUUGAGACUCGAGUAGUUUCAUUGAAAUUAGAAGGAAGACAACCUGACAUGCGAAGGGUAUGGUGGGUUCGCAUUAGAUCGGACCCGUAACCUCGUCGCAUUCAAGUUAAAACAUCC